AACAUACAAAUGCAAUGACUACCCUUAACACACCUUCUAUGCUCGUUACCACCUCGCUGUUCAUCACUGCCGUCUCAUUUAUUUUGCUUUUUACCGUACGUCUCACAGACGCACAAACUGGAGUAAGCUAUGGAAAGAUUGCAAACAAUUUACCAUCAUCACAAGAUGUUGCAAACCUUUAUAUAUACAACGGCAUAAAAGCGAUGAGACUUUACUUUCCUGAUCAAUCCACUUCUCAAGCCUUACAAGGAACUGACGUCAAACUAAUGUUAGGUGUUGCAAACGAAAAUAUUCAAUCUAUAGCGUCUUGUAGAUGUGCAGCUUACCGAUGGGUUCGAGCCAACGUACUUCCUUAUGCAUCAUCGAUCAAAUACAUUGUGGUUGGAAAUGAAAUUGACCCGUCUGACCAACGGGCCUUAUCAGUCGCACCUGCUAUACAAAAUAUUCUAUAUGCACUAAACGCGUUAAGAUUAAAUAGUAAAUCUAAUAAUGAUAUAAAGGUUUCUACGGCGAUUAAUUUUAACCUAGUUACGAAUACGUACCCACCUUCUAAUGCCCAAUUUAGGGAUCCAUCAUAUAUGUCUCAAAUUGUAGGGUUAAUGAAUAUGUAUGAUGCACCUUUAAUGGUUAAUAUAUACCCUUAUUUUGCAUAUGUAAGUAACCCACGUGACAUUUCACUUGAUUAUGCAUUAUUUAAUGCACAAGGAAAUGUUUUUGUUGAUCCUAAUAAUGGAUUGGGUUACAAUAAUUUGUUUGAUGCAAUGGUGGAUUCAGUGUAUGCGGCUCUACGAAGGGCGGGUGCACGCCACCCACGUGUCAUCGGGUCGGAGACUGGAUGGCCAUCAAAGGGUGGAUUUGCUGCCACGUUCGAGAAUGCAAAGAUGUAUUAUAGAAAUUUGGUUAAUCAUGUGAAACAAGGGACUCCUUUGACACCAGGGCAACCUAUUGAGACAUAUUUGUUUGCAAUGUUUGAUGAGAAUCAAAAACAAGGGGCCGAAACUGAGCGUAAUUUUGGAUUGUUUUACCCUAAUCAACAGUCGAAGUACGGUCAGCUUAACUUCUAAAUUACUCAUAGUAAAAUUGGAAAAUAAAUCGGAUAUUAACUCAAUUAAAGCAUGCCUGUAUAUGCACUUUUUUAAGGAAAGAAUUAGAUUUGAUUCUCGCUACCUACUCUAAUCCUACCCUUUCCUCAACUUACCCCGUAUAAAAAAGAAUCAUAAUGUGUAUACAAAUAUGUAUCCAUGUACGUGUAGUAUAUAUAUAUAAGAAUAAUUUCUAGGUAAAACUUUGUACUAGAAAUGAAGUAACUAUAUAAUAAGUAAGCUUGGAAGUUUAAUUUUCGUCAAAAGAAAUUAGAUAUAUGUAAAAAAAAUCCUAAAUUUCAAUCUUAUUACUAGUGAUAAUCAAAAGGCAUUUAUGUACUC